GUUAAAGCACAGAACACAUCAAACCAGGAGAGAGGAUCCGCGCUGGCCAAACAGAUCAAAACUUCCUGUCCUUGGAAGAUUUGUUCUUGGAAGACCUGCCUGCUGCCCGGCCGCGCUCAGCUCAGCCCUCGCCGUCCGCCCGCAGCUCGGUCCGCGCGCUUCCGCGCUGUGCAGCUCCAGCCCGAGGACGCGCCGGGAGAUGGGGAGCAGAGCGUUGUUCCUGGGGAUCCUGAGCGUGUGUCUUCAGAGUCUGAUCGCCCCCCGCGGAGGGGUGGCCGCCGCCGCCGGAGGAAUAGAUUUUGCGGACAUUGAAAGUAAAUUUGCUCUGAGGACCCCUGAGGAUACAGCUGAAGACACCUGCCAUCUCAUUCCUGGAGUGACAGAAUCUGUGGCUAACUGCCACUUCAACCACAGCAGCAAGACCUUCGUGGUGAUUCAUGGCUGGACGGUGACUGGAAUGUACGAGAGCUGGGUGCCAAAGCUUGUGGCCGCCCUGUACAAGCGUGAACCGGACUCUAAUGUCAUCGUGGUGGAUUGGCUUCUGCGGGCCCAGCAACAUUACCCAGUGUCUGCAGGCUACACCAAGCUGGUGGGCAGCGAUGUGGCCAGGUUUAUCAACUGGAUGGAGGAUGAAUUUAACUACCCUGUAGACAAUGUUCAUCUCUUGGGCUACAGCCUUGGAGCCCAUGCUGCUGGUAUUGCAGGAAGUCUAACCAAUAAGAAGGUCAACAGAAUUACUGGUCUGGAUCCAGCAGGCCCUAACUUUGAGUACGCCGAAGCUCCCAGUCGUCUUUCUCCAGAUGAUGCGGAUUUUGUAGAUGUCCUGCACACAUUCACCAGAGGGUCACCUGGACGAAGUAUAGGGAUCCAGAAACCAGUAGGUCAUGUUGAUAUUUAUCCUAAUGGAGGCACUUUCCAGCCAGGAUGUAACAUUGGGGAAGCCAUCCGCGUGAUUACAGAGAGAGGCCUUGGAGAUGUGGACCAGCUGGUGAAAUGCUCCCAUGAGCGCUCCAUUCAUCUUUUCAUUGACUCCCUGCUGAAUGAAGAAAACCCAAGUAAGGCUUACAGAUGUAAUUCCAAGGAAGCCUUUGAGAAAGGGCUCUGCCUGAGUUGCAGGAAGAACCGUUGCAACAAUGUGGGCUAUGAGAUCAACAAAGUCAGAGCCAAAAGAAGCAGCAAGAUGUACAUGAAGACUCGUUCUCAGAUGCCCUACAAAGUCUUCCAUUACCAAGUAAAGAUUCACUUUUCUGGGACAGAAAGUGACACGCAGAUCAACCAGCCCUUCGAGAUCUCUCUUUAUGGCACUGUGGCAGAGAGCGAGAACAUUCCUUUCACUCUGCCAGAGGUCUCCACAAAUAAGACGUAUUCCUUCCUGAUUUACACGGAGGUGGACAUCGGAGAGCUGCUAAUGAUGAAGCUGAAGUGGAAGAGCGAUUCUUACUUCAGUUGGUCUGACUGGUGGAGCAGCCCUGGCUUUGCCAUUGAGAAGAUCAGAGUAAAAGCAGGAGAGACACAGAAAAAGGUGAUCUUCUGUUCCAGAGAGAAGGUGUCUCAGUUGCAGAAAGGAAAGGGCUCUGCAGUGUUUGUGAAAUGCCAUGACAAGUCUCUAAAGAAGUCUGGCUGAUACUGGGUAAAUGUUCAGAAAGAAGAACCAUUCAAGAGUUCUGUAAAGAAUGGAGUCAACCAAGUCAAUUUAACAAAAGAUGCCCUGUGCUUUGAGUAUUUAAAAGUAGAUUCUCCUGAGUAUUACUCAAAGCUCCAUCCCAACUCAUUAAAUUAGGAGACAGUCUCAAAUGCUAAAAAGCGGCUAAUUGAAGAUGAGGAGCCUAGUGGCCAAACAGCAUAAUCUCCAGCAUCACAGACAGCAGAUCUGAGACGCACUACAUUUGUUUUUUGUUUUGUCCUUUGAGAAAGAAAAGAUUGCUGGUGCCCAUAGUAAAAUAAGGUUCUUUCAGGUGGUAUGUUUGGACAUUGUCUAGAAUUAAUUAGAAUCUCACAGUGUAAUUAGAAUUUGAGAGUUUGUGGGAGAUGGGGGGUUAAAAGCCUUCUGAAAUAUUGCUCCAAGUUUGAAUAUUGGAAAUUGUUUUCUGUGGUGUGAGUCAGGUGCGUUUAUUUAUCAGGCAAAACACCUGAUCUUUCUGAAUAGUUCUCUCAACAUUGAGAUAUGGUUCGGCAGUUAACUGGGGACAUGUGCCUUGGAGAUUGGGUGAGAACACAGAGCUGAUCAAGUUCCACUGUUGGCUUAUGCUAUGGUCAUGUUACAAGGGGGAAGCAGUACAAAACUGAGAUCAAGUGCUUCUUCAUAGACUUGAUAUUUUAGUCUUUAAUCUCUCUCCCUCAUUUCCCCCCUCCUUUGUCUUACUAUUAUAUUUGAACUGUUCACAAGGUAGAUGUUGAAAGGGAGCCUGUAACUCUCAGCUGGCACCUAGUUUGAAUGGUGCAGAGAAGAAAAGAAUACCCUAACUUCAUUAUCAAAUUUCUUUCAUUGUUUUCAUCUAUUUGGAAUGAUCGCUCUUCAGUUUUAGCUUGGUCACAUCUCAGUAAUAGUUAGAGAAUGUGUUCAAGUUCAAAUUUUGCAUUGUGUGCUACAAAUUUAAAUGAGAACCACUUUGCUAGGUCAAAAAGUAGGCUCAUUAUUGUACACUAACACAUAAGCAGUCUUAUAAACCACUGUAGCCACAGGAAGUGCCAGGAGGGUUGUCAUUUUUUAACAACUAAUCAAGAGUGAAUGAGCACUUAUUUAUAAACUAGAGCUCAUAUUUUCAAAAUGCUUUUUUCCUAUAUAUUAAUAUAAAAUAAUCAAGAAACCAAGUUAUCUCAGAAGUUAGAGCUGGGAGCCCAAACUAUGAAUGUGUGCAGGAGUCUGGACAUUUACUUACCACAUGUAUGCUUGUCAAUCAUUAUUUGGAAGGUAAACAAUCAAGAUGGGAAUUGGCACAUAUCAGAGUAGCAGUAGCUCCCGACACACUGGAAUGUCAACUCUUCGAUGGAGAAAGAUGACUGUGUCUGUAUAAUAUUGGACAAAUGUUGUCAUUGACUCUAUCAGUCUUGGAAUGCAUUCUAACAAUAAAAUGAUGUAUGAUAAUGUCACUCGCAUCCCCUUUAUUGCUAAUUCAUUGAUUUUGUGGAUUCAGGUUUUAAUUCAGGGUGCAUCAACUUAAAAGAUUUAACAAAACCGUGCCUGGCACUGGGAUCUCUGACUUCUAAAGACUCUGCUAUACAUAUCAAUGAUGCUUUGGCUUUAAUAUUUAUUAGCUGUAAAUAUAUGUGUGGGUGGGUGUGUAAGAGAGCUUGUAUAUCUUGGAAAGGUUGUUUUUGGUUACCUGCAUUUAUAGUUGUGUGGUGCUUUGUACAUAUUUUCUUUUUAGUGUCGGUCUCCCUGACAACUUAUUCUUAAAUAAUAUGAUGAAAUUGGCUUAAAAAUGAAAGAAACUGACUUAACUAUGUGAAGAAAUGGAAUCUACUUUUAAUAAAAUUGACAAAAGUUUAUUACAAUA